GCCGGAUGAGGAGUCAUGUUGCAGCAGGGGCAGGGGCGGGACUCGGUCACCCACAUCCAACGACUUGUUGCAAAACUUCCGAUCUGCAGCUGCGAUCAGCAGAUAAACACGAAGACCUCUGCUCCGCGACCAACGGACUGACUGCGACCAUGGCGGAUGAAGCAGCAGUUGUGGAGGAAGGCAUGUGCUCAGCUCAGGGCCCUCUGGUCGCUGUGAGCUUCCAGAAGAACGUCAACAGAAAACAGAAGUAUCUGGAGGCUGAGCCCAAAGCUCUGGGGAUCACUCAGAUCGGCCUGAGUCUGUUUCAGGUCCUGUUGAUGAGCAUGUUUCUGUCCAAAGACCUGAGUCAGAGAAGGACUGACAUCCCUUUCUUCAUUUUAUCCAUCAUGGUGGUUAUAGCUGGAGCUCUGGCUGUAGCAGCACAGAACCUUGAAAUGCCGACGCUGAGGGCCUGUUUGGGGAUGCAGGUGGUGGCCUGUGGCGCCUCCAUCUCCAACUUCAUCCUAUGUCUAUUUAAAAUGGACAUGAAUCAUUACUGCGAUUAUCAUCAGUAUCACGAUGACAACUUCACAUUACACUAUGGUGAAACCUGCCGUAAUAUUGAGGCCACCGUGUCCCACGUUUAUGCGGAGGGUUUGAUCAUUCAGGUUGCUCUGAUUACCAUCUCCACCACUCUGGCCGCCUACUGCUGCAAGGUAGUCAACUGCUGCACACCGGCUCCCAAAAUGCCGGUGAUCACUGUACAAACCCCUGCUGUCCAGCAACAGUGAGGAGACGGAGCGGACGAGUGCACACUAUACACAGAUGCCACACAGUUAACGCUGCACUAAUCAGUAUUUUUAUAUCAGUGAUGGAUCAAAUGACAAAUUUGUGUUGCUUGUAGUGAAAACUCUGCAGUCUCCCCCACUCUGAGGAGUUCUGUUGCUUUUUGGUUCUCCAGCCAAGAAACUCUGAUGACCACCCUGCUUAUUGGCACCUGUGCACCAGCUGCUCACCGCCAAACAGCAAUUCAAGUUAGAGACUAGCUGGGGAACAGAGUGACCCAUGACUGAGCCAGAUGCAAAUGUCCACUAACACAUUUUUGUAUUCAAUAUAUGUUUUUAUAUGUACUUCUCUCUAAUGGUAACUUUAAUCAGAAUCUAUUUUUGUAGACUCAAAGGGACAAACAUCUGAAAUAUUGUAUGUAUGUAUAACAGUGCACAUGUAGAGAAAAGUCUUAAAGUCAGUGAACAGUGGUCAUAGCGGACCGAGUAGGAGCGCAGCAGCAAAGGCCCUUGAGGGACUGAACUGACUGAGGGUACGUUUUGGUACACAGUCACACUUUAACAUGCACUGCUAAUCAUCACAGAGAUAACAAUACAACUGAAGUACAAGAAUGUUUUUCUGACAAUAGUUUUGUUCUGAUUGAUGAUUUCUACCUAAAUGAAGCUUUACUGUCCUUUCUUUUGUCACUACAACUAACAAGCAUGGAUAAUAAAAAAACUAACCUGA